AGACAGACAGACAGUGCUGGGGACAUGGCGGUGCUGCGGUGUGUGUUGGUGCUGUGUGUGGUUUCGGGGUGUGUGUGUUUGAAUCUGCUGGUGGACAGAGCUGCCGUCUACAGCGGACCGCCGGGAAGCCUGUUUGGAUUCUCAGCCGACUUCCACUUCAUCAACAAAACAGCCUAUAUUGUCAUUGGAGCUCCCAGAGCCAACACCAGCCAACCAGGAGUGAGGGAAGGAGGAGGCGUGUUCCUCUGUCCCUGGUCACCGUCAGGAGGAGCUUGCGAAAUCAUCAGCUUUGACACUGAGGGUGAUCAGGUCUACAGAACUGCUGGGAUGGUCUUUCAGGCCUCUAAGAGCCACCAGUGGUUCGGCGCUUCAGUCAGAUCUGUGGCCAAUACACACUUACUGGCCUGUGCUCCUCUCUACCACUGGAAUGUGAGACGCGGGGGGGCGGAGUCAGGGAAUACUCCGGUUGGGAACUGCCUCCUGUUGGAUCACGUGACCCAAGGCACCGCCUCCUUCUCUCCCUGCAGAGGGGCCAUGGUGGAGCCGGACUACAAGCACCUGAAAUACAGAAAUGACCAAAGAUACUGUGAGGUGGGCUUCAGCUGUGACAUCACCAAGGAGGGCAAGUUGGUUCUUGGUGCUCCUGGAGGUUUUUUCUUCCAGGGUGAGGUGAUCACAGUGGGGGUUAAUGACGUCAUUGACAGUGGGAGGAGCCAGGACCCAAUUGCUUAUGUGUCUGGAGUCAGCCUAUCAGCAGAGAGAGGCGGAUAUGAUCAUUACCAUGGUUACUCUGUUGCCAGCGGCAACUUGAAUGGAGACUCAGUAACAGAUUACCUGGUGGGGGCUCCUAAUGACAGAAACACAGCUGGCUCAGUGAAGAUCUUUGAUGGAACCAGUGGAACACUGAGAAUUACUCAUACAUUUUUGGGGGGGCAGGUGGCGUCCUAUUUUGGACACAGUGUGGCUGUAACUGACAUUAACAGUGAUGGGUUAGAUGAUGUAUUGGUUGGAGCUCCUCUCUUCAUGGACAGAGUGAAAGGCCAGCUUCAGGAACGAGGACAGGUGGUUAUAUAUCUACAGAGAAGACACGCCCCCUUUGCUUCUCGUCCUGACCAAUCACUGACUGGCCCCUCCCUCUAUGGACGCUUUGGUUCUGCCCUGGCUGCCCUGGGGGACCUGGACAUGGAUAGUUACCAAGAUGUAGCAGUGGGGGCUCCCUGGGCGGGUGAAAAUGGGCGUGGCCAGGUGUUGGUGUAUCUGGGAAACAGUGAUGGUUUAUCAGCCACACCCUCCCAGGUGAUCGACAGCUUGUUUCCUAGCAGCAGGGCAGCGUUUGGCUUCACGCUGAGGGGCGGGGUGGAUAUCGAUGGGAAUGGCUAUCCAGACUUGCUGGUUGGAGCAUGGGGAGCAGACCAAGCUGUAGUUUAUAGAGCCCAGGCAGUGAUCCGGUCCAGAGUUUAUCUCUCUCUCUUUCCAGACUUUCUGAAUCCUGACAUCAAACUCUGUCAAUCCGACAGAACCCCUGUCUCCUGUUUUGUUGUCCAGGUGUGUGUGGAUGUGUUUGGUCACAGUAUUCCACAAGAAAUAGUUUUGGGAGCAGAGCUUCAUCUGGACAGGAUGAAACAGUCCAUGGCCCGGCGGACACUCCUGCUGUCCACCAAGCAACCACAGGAGAAAUUCAACAUGACCAUACAGAGAGAUGUGGGUGUGGCCUGUGUGAAUAAGACCGCCUAUCUGAGGUCUGAAGAGGAGUUUCGGGACAAGUUGAGUCCAAUCUUCAUCACUCUUCACAUCAGCUUGCUGGAUGAUACCAAGGAUGCUUUGCUAUAUGGACACACACAAGCUGCAGGACAGACCAGGAUUAUUCUGGACUGUGGUGAGGACAACGUGUGUGUUCCUGACCUGCAGCUGAAAGCUGUUGCAGCCUCAGACAGAGUGGUGGUUGGAGGUGAACAGAGUGUGUUGCUGAACGUCACAGCAGAGAAUCUGGGAGACGGAGCGUAUGAGACUGAACUGCUCAUACACCCCCCUAGACACACACACUACCAGAGUACUGCUGACCACCCGGGUUUGAGCAGACUUGUGUGUGUACAGAGGAAGGAGAAUCAGACUGUUGUCAUAAUCUGUGAUCUGGGGAACCCAAUGAGACAAGGACAAACGAUUCAUGCAGGUCUUUUCUUCACUGUUGGUCAUCUGGAAGAUGUUGAAAGUCACAUUUCCUUCAAUUUAAGAAUGAGAAGUAAGAACAGUGUAAAUCCAGACAGUAAAGAGGCAACAGUGAGGAUUCAGGUGAUGGCUGAAGCAACGCUGGAAAUCAGGGGUGGCUCUUCCCCCCCAGAAGUGCUCCUUCCCAUCCCUGACUGGCAGCCUGCAGUGAAUUCUGGGAAUUUAGAGGUAGUUGGUCCACUGGUUGAGCAUGUGUACGAGCUGCGGAACCUGGGACCGAGUACGGUGAGCGCCAGGCUGCGGGUGGACUUCCCCUCCACACAGCGAGGUCACAUCCUGUUCUAUGUUUCUUCUAAUGCCUCAGAGGAUUCCCUGACAUGUGACCACCCCCCAAACCCUCACAUCAGUGCAUACCAAGAGAAUUCCAGUGUUGCUGUAGCUCCUGGUUCCAGCCAGCAGGUGGAGACGAACCCCCAGAGUCAGAGCAGAGACACCAUACAUGUGAACUGCAGUGUAGCUGAAGUUGAGUGUGUUAGAUUUGAGUGUCAGGUGAAGUCGUUGGAGAGAGGCAUCAGCGCAGUGGUCCGAAUCUCAGCCAGACUCUGGAUACACACAUUCACACAGACUCCAUAUCAGAACUAUGACCUAAUGUCUUCUGCUACCUAUGAUGUCAUCAACGCAUCAUCAAAAGUGCAGCCUCGACAACUAUCUAGUGGACACACACAGACUCAAACCAGUGUCUUGUGGCGGGGUCCAGAUGGGGAGAGGGAGGUUCCUAUUGGCUAUGUGGUUCUGUCAGUCAUCUCAGGCCUGCUGCUCUUGUGUCUGCUGUGCUUUGUCUUCUGGAAGCUGGGCUUUUUCAAGCGGAACCGCCCCCCCAUCGAUGAUGAUGAUGACGACGAUGAUGAUGAAGAGCAGCUGGCUGAGGAAUGUAAACAUGCCGAAAUGAAAUAACACAUAUGCCAUAUCACACGCGCGCACACACACACACACACACACACAGCCAACAUGAUGCCACACUAUAUACAACACAUAUUCCUAUCCUGCUUUAAUUUUACAACGUAAACAAUCACUUAUCAUUAGCAUUAUAAUUAUAGUAAUCACUGUUGUGGUUACAAUUAUCUUUAUUAUCACUGUUGUUGUUGUGGUUACAGUGAUCUUAUUAUCACUGUUGUUGUUGUGGUUACAAUGAUCUCUAUGAUCACUUUUGUGGUUACAAUGAUCUUAUUAUCACUGUUGUUGUUGUUGUUGUUGUUACAAUGAUCUUAUUUUCACUGUCACUGC